UGAUUUUGUUUUAUACAAUCAAUCAUUAAUAUUCGAAUAAUUUAUUUGUUUCGAUUGAUCUCAUCUUCAAUCGAAGACAAACAAUUGAUUCAUAGAUUUAGGAAUUCUUUUCUCUUCAAAUCAAUACUAUUCAUAUACUAAUUAAGUUUUAGCGUUAACAUAAAUGACAAGAGAGAAUCAAUCGACUAUCCAAUAGUAAACAAGAUAGAAGAAAAGAAAUCUCAUCCUUCAUCUCGACAUUGAUUAGACUAUAGAUAUAAGACAAUUAUUUCAAGCAAUCGCAAAUAGAUACAAGAAAAUAAAGAAAAUCAUACUCGAAAUCAAUUCGAUGAUCAGCAACAACAAAAAAACAUCUGAGAGAAAGAAAAGUGAGGAAGAGAGUUUAGUCAUUGACACUAAUAACUAAAUCAUAUCAUAUAGAUCCAACCUGUCCAUUUAUUGCAUUUCAAUGAGAAGAAAACAAUUCAUAUAAAAGCAAUAUUGACAAGUUUAUUUUUAUUUAUUUUAAUUACUAGUAACAGACAGAAAUCGUUAAAACUUUAGCAGUGAACAGUCUUAUUUCAGCACCGCAUCCGCUUUUAGCAAAUGUGGAUGCUCUUUCAUCAUCUAUUUCAUCAAGUGGUUGUUCUCGUUCUCCAAUAUCCCAUCAUUCAGAUUGUUCAACAGUAUCAUCAUUUUUUCAAGAACAAGCAGCAGUUGCUGCUGCUCUUUUUUCAAAUAGUUUUCUUAAUUGUUUAUAUCCAAUGUAUAGUAUAAGUCUGUUUGGAAUAGGUUCUUCAUCUUGUCCAGUAUUACCUCGAGUUAAUUUUUCUACUGAACAAAUAGCUCGUGUCUGUAAAACAUUAGAAGAAAAUGGUGAUAUUCAAAGAUUAGGAAGAUUUCUUUGGUCAUUACAAGUUUUACCAACAUCAUCAAAUAUAUUAAUUGAACAUGAAAGUAUUUUAGGUGCACGUGCUCUCGUUGCUUUUCAUUUGAGAAAUUAUCAAGAAGUUUAUCAUUUAUUAGAAAAUUAUAAAUAUACACGUAAUUAUCAUACUAAAUUACAAACGAUGUGGAUGGAAGCACAUUAUCAAGAAGCUGAAAAAUUAUGUGGAAGACCAUUAGGACCAAUUGAUAAAUAUCGUGUACGAAAAAAAUAUCCAUUACCACGUACAAUAUGGGAUGGAGAAGAAAAAACAACACAAGUUGCAAAUUGGUUUAAAAAUCGACGACAACGUGGUCGAGCAGCUAAAACAAAAAAUCGACAAUUAUUUAGUUUACCUAAUCAUUCUUAUUCUCCAUCAUCAUCAACAUAA